AUGGCUACCGUCGAUGGUCCAGGUCACUUGUUAUCCCUCAAGGUUAUGCGCGUCUCGCGACCAGAGUUGGCUAGUGCAUGGCAGCCCUUCUAUUCCAACUCACCUUCCUUCUCUGCCCAUUCCUCAGCAGCCAUUUUGUCAUUACAAGGAACUAAGCCCCUUCCCGGCCAUCCAAAAACAUUGCGGGAUUUAACCCAUGCUUCAGAACUAUUAACUCUACCCUCCUCAUUUGGUUCGAUUCAGCUAGGAGAGACGUUCUCAAGCUGUCUCUGCGUCAAUAAUGAAACUGAAGUGGGAAUAGAAGUGACCCAGUUCAAAGUGGAAAUGCAGACGGUUACUAGCAAAGUUGUGCUGUAUGAGAUGGAUGGUUUAGGUCAGUCUUUACCUGGCGGCGAUACGCUAGAGCACUUGGUACACCAUGAAAUCAAGGAACUUGGGCAACAUGUCCUUGCAUGCACCGUCACGUAUUCCCUGCCACCCAGUUAUCGGCCUGUUCCAGGGGCUUCCGAAGAGUCGGAUCCAACCCUUCAAACGUUCAGAAAGUUUUAUAAAUUUGCGGUCACCAACCCUCUCUCUGUAAAGACGAAAGUCCAUACUCCGAAAUCUCCCUCAGCAUUGCUAUCGGAUAAGGAACGAGAAAAGAUAUUCCUUGAAGUUCAUAUCCAAAAUUUGACGCAAGAUGCUAUCUGCUUCGAGCGUAUGAGGUUGGAAUGCACGGAAGAGUGGGAGGCAGUGGAUGGAAAUGUGUUGACUGACGAAAAUGGCCAUGAAGAAAGCAUAUUCUCUGGACCUACUGCUCUCAUGCAACCGCAAGACAUGCGUCAAUAUAUAUAUAUCCUAACACCAAAACACAUAGGAAUAACCCCUCCUGUACAUGCUCCGGGAAGCAUUAUUCCCCUGGGAAGACUGGAUAUCUCUUGGAGGUCAUCCUUUGGUGAACCUGGAAGACUGCUCACAUCGAUGCUUUCACGACGGAUACCACUUAUUGCCGCGCCUCAACCGGCGUCUGCCCUGCCCCCUUAUCUUAAGCGAACUGUUGUAGGCUCUAUUUCUUCGCGACCACAGUCUCCCUCAAGUAGUAUGUCUCGUCCAGGAAGUCCGGUGCAGAGACCGGGUUCACCUGCUUUGAAUCGUGGAUCUAUAAGUGCCAUCCACCCGCAGUCUCCCCCUCAGGCUCUGCCUCCUCAAGGACCAUUGAUGCCUGAAAUUGAAGCACAGCUAGUGGUUCGCCACAUCCCAAGAGAAAGCAUUUUGAUAGAGAAAGUGUUUUCCAUAUCAUGCGCGGUUGUUGUAUCCAGCGGAAUCCCAUUAAACAGUAGUCGUCUAAAGCGCAGGGUCACACUGGCAAUACAGCAUGUUAGACCAAAGGAGGUACCGCCACCUGUAAUUGCCCAACCGGUCGAACCGUUUAGCCCUAAAGUGCCAUCAACAGGAUUUUCAACACCGGUUUCCGCUUCGACGACCUUUAAUUAUGCACUUGCGCAUCAAAAAAUUCUCGUAGCGUCUUCGAAACCACCGCCUCAACAACCGACUGCAUUGCAAGAAGUCGAUCUUUCACAUAAUGAUGCUAAUCUCCUGCCACCUCCAUACUUUGAGGGCGGAUUGGAUGAAUUGAAGGUGUCUGCGCUAUCCGGUGUUUCUUUUGUGGGGCCAUCUGCUAUAUUUUUGCCUUCUGUAGAGAUCGACUUGUCUCAUGCACAGAUCCAGGGGGAUGAUCUGGCCAAGGGACAUGUGGUUCAAAAUUUUGAACUUCCCUUCGUUGGACUCCGUAAAGGUUUUUCUAAUAUUGGUGGCAUUCGUAUUUUACUUGUAGAGGAUCAGAUAGUUGACGAUGAAGACGAUGUCGGCAAGAGCAAUAGCAAAUUGAAGCGUGCUCAAACACUCAAGGAGUAUGAUGUUAUAGGAGAGGUAUGGGUGUCUGCAUAG